AUGGACCGAUCAUGCGUCGACAGGUUCCUCAAGCACCACCCUCUCAUCGACGGCCACAAUGAUCUCCCGAUUUUCGCGCGGGAGGUGUACCACAACCAAAUUUACCCCUCCAAUUUCUCCAAAGGCUUCGAAAACGGGGGUUUACAAGGCCACGUCGACAUCCCUCGCCUCCGCACCGGAGGUGUAGGCGGCCAGUUUUGGUCCGUGUUCGUGGAGUGUCCGGAGGGGUACGACGACGCCGGCUACGCAAAAGCAUUCUACCAAACCAUGGAACAAAUCGACGUCGCGCGCCGUUUGGUAUCACACUGGAACGAGACUUUCGAGCUUGUUGAUUCUGUUGCGGAGUUUGAGGAUGCGUUUGGAAGGGGGAAGAUUGCGUCUAUGCUUGGUGCGGAGGGAUUACACGCCAUCGGGCCACAUAUGAGUUUGUUGAGGCCGUUGAGGGAGAUGGGGGUUAUGUAUAUGACGCUCACACACACUUGCACGAAUCCUUACGCUGACUCGGCGAAUGGGGAGCGGAAGUAUGGGGGAUUGUCUGAGCUUGGGAGAGCGGCGGUCAAGGAGAUGAAUCGGAUUGGGAUGAUGGUUGAUUUGAGUCAUGUCAGUGCUGAGACGAUGAAAGAUGCGAUUGAGGAAUCCAAGGCGCCGGUAAUGUUUUCGCAUUCUAGUGCGUUUGGUGUGUGUCCUCAUGAGCGGAACGUGCCGGAUGAUAUUUUGGAUAUGGUCAAAGCCAAGGACGGAGUGGUCAUGGUCAACUUUUACCCCGCGUUCGUCCGCUGUGGUGAUGGUCGUCGUGAGGAAGACGCGACGAUUGGGGAUGUCGCGGAUCAUGUCAUGCACAUCGUCUCACGCAUCGGAUGGUCACACGUCGGUAUCGGGUCCGAUUUUGAUGGUAUCCCGACUGUGCCAAGGGGAUUGGAGGAUGUGAGUAAGUACCCUGAGCUCGUUAAAGAGUUGGCGAAGAGGGGGAUGGAGUGGGAUGAUGCCAAGGGUUUCGUUGGUGGGAACUUGUUAAGGGUUUGGAAGAAGGUGGAGGAGGUGCGUGAUGACAUGAAGGGAGAGUUGCCGGAUGAGAGGUGGGAUGGGGAUGAGAGUUCGUUUCCGCCUAGUGCAUUCGGAGCCCUUGAGUAG